AUGAACACCGGGAAGAAGGGAAAGUCGUUUGACAAAUUAGACCGUGAUGGCGUCGCUCAACAUCGAAAUGUAAUGCACGAAAUAGCCAUGAAAAAACAAAUAUCAAUGUAUCAAAGAGAAGGGAAAAUACUUGAGAGAGAACUUCGAGAGAUUUCUAAAGUCAAGGAAACUCUCUUACAGAUUAGGGCACCGUUAAGGCGAAGGGUUCAGCCAGCCGCCGUUGAUGACAACUUUGUGGAUACUGAGAGAAGUUUGAGAAAAACACUUGUUGCUACGCGAAAAGCAAGCGUAUCUACAUCGGGCGUUCAGGAAAAAAUUAUGAAUGAAAAGGACACAGAGGGUGCUUGCGCUUCGAAACCUCAAACCACCUCUCGAAGGCCUUCACUUGAAGUCACAAUCCCGUCGCCAAAUCCGCUGCAACGCAAAAUAAGUAUGGAUUUGAAAACACGUCAAAAUACUCCACAGGGAAUAUCAAGUGGUAAAACUGCACUGAUACAACGAAAGAUUUCGGCGCCGACGUUUGGCUCUAUACAAAGCGAAGUAUCCGAGGAUUGCGGCAAAAGUGGAUCAUUUUUGCCAGUCAUCAAAACACCGAACCCUCCAGCCGAUUGCAGCCUUUCGAUUAAAAAGAAAUCGCCAUUAAUUGACGGGCCUUUGAACGGAGAAAAAACCGACGAAUUGGUCGACAGUCGCCAUCGACCUCGUUCGCCAGCUUUGUUGACCCCAAUAGCUCCAAGUAGAGCUGAUACAAUACGCGCGCGUUCUGUUCCUUGCGACCUACCCUCACAUCUGGUAAAAACGCCGCGUUCCCGAAAACCGGUCGUCGCCCACGAAUGCGCUUCGCUAACUAUGGAAGAGACCCUCCGAAUCAAAGGAAAAUUCCGGCAGAUUGGCCAUUCUGUCAUUGCGACCGCUUUGCUUAAAGGGUUGAAGCAGAAGGGACAGCUUUCGUCCGAAGCUAUCCACAACAUGCACAAACCUAUUGCUUUAGACGAGGCAAGUGAGGCUAAAGUUGACGAAUAUGCAGAAAAUGAUGGAGCGGCAGCCGAAGCGACAGAUAACGAUGAAGAUAAGAUGAUGACUACAGGGCAAAGGAGAAAAUCUUUUAAAAAUCUUGCUCGUAAAACAAUCAAUGUAAACAGAAUGAUAGGUACAGCUGGCCGGCGACGGGCGCAGUCGGACCCUGCGGCCGAGAAAUCAGGCUCGGUAAAUACGCCUUCUUUGCGGCCCAAAACGAGUCACCGCUCGGUGAAACACUCUGAUAAAGGGCUUGUACAAGAAACGGGAAAAACUACAAGUGUGCAGCCAAGACGGAAAGAUAUCAACGAAACUCAACAAGAUUUCAAUACGCAACGAGACGAAAGUGAAAACAGUUCACAAAAUCAACAAAUGUAUAAGAAACACACCACAGAGGUUGAUACUUUGAGACCCUUAAUGAAUCCACGUACGGCGCAUGUGCGUAGGAGGAAGAAUACUGUGACUGGAGAUAGGAGGGGCAUCAGCGAACAGGCCGAUAAUGCUGGAAAUAAAUCUGUGCGCUUUGCAUCGGAUGCUUGGACGUAA